GGGAGGCGGUGCCGCACUGGUUGCUAGCCGCGGCCGCUCGCCAGCCCUCCCAGCGAUUCAUUGUCACCCGCCCGGGGGCACCGCCGGGGACCGCGGGGCGCCAGGUCGCCCACCCGGCCGAGUCCGCGGGUCCCACGCCCCAGCCCCAGCUCGCGCAGGUGAGGGGAUCCACGGCCCGCGCAGGUGAGGGGCGUCUGCGCAGGCCCGUCACAUCCACCAUGAAAGGCUCACGGGCCACUGGUGGUGCCCCUGAGGACAACCCAGAAGGCGUGGACCUGCGUCUGACGGGCCUCCCUCUGCCCAUGUCCCGGCGUCCCAGCAGUGCCUCUACUGCCAGGCCUGUCGUCCACUCCAUCUCCGUGGCCACGGGCAGCAGCACGAGGAGGAAGGCGCUGGAGGCCACAGGGCCUGGGGGCUCGCGGGCCAUCAACAACCUUCGAAGAUCUAAUAGCACCACACAGGUCAGCCAGCCAUGGACCAGCUCCCCCAGGCCGGCAGAGCCCACUGACUUCCUGACGCUGUUUGAGGGUGACCCUGGCGGGAGGAGCCUGGCCAGUCUGCCCAAGCCGUGCCAUGGGAAGGGGGCCACGUGGAAUGUCCUGGAUGAUCAGCCCAGGGCCUUCGCCUCGCCGGCCAGUGCCCAGAGUUCCAGCACCCUCAACUCCCCGGUGGGCCCACGGAGGAGGGAGUGCAGCCUGGCACCCAGCUUCACGGCCAACAACAGGAGCAGCAAGGGCGCCGUGGGCAACUGUGUCACCAGCAUGGUGCACAACCACUACAGCCCCUCGGAGAAGGCGCCCCCAAGCAAGAGCUCCAACCAGACGGCCCCCUCCCUCAACAACAUCAUCAAGGCAGCCACCAGCGAGGGCAGUGAGGGCAGCAGCUUCCGGAAGCCCUGCAAGAACUUCACCACUGACCACAUGGUCCAGGGCACCCCUGGGGGGACUGCCGCCAACCUGCUGAGGCGGAAGGAGGUGACAGAGGAGGAGGCAGAGAGGUUUAUUCACCAGGUGAACCAGGCCGCUGUCACCAUCCAGCGCUGGUACCGCCACCAGGUGCAGCGCCGCCGAGCAGGAGUUACAAGCCUGGGGCACUUGCUGGCGUCCACGCGUGAGGGGCAGCAGCGACUGGGCGGCGGCAACCUCCUGGAUCUGCACCGGCAGAAGGAGGUAGCGAGGAGGAAGGCCCGAGAGGAGAAGGCUCGCCAGGCCAGGCAGGCGGCCAUUCAGGAGCUGCGGCAGAAGCGAGCCCAGAAAUCAGGCAAGGCCGAGCACGGACCGCCCAAGGAGAGCCCGGAAACCAGAGCAGCGGUGCAGCCUCGGCCCCCCACAGAGCCAUCCCUGACACCGGGCGGUGACACCUGCCAGCCCCCCAAGGCCAACAACACUGGCACCAGCGUCCACUGCAUAGGCCCCAGGAACCCCUGCCCACCUGCCUCUGAUUCGGCCUCAGAGCCCCAACUGUCUCCGGAGGACAAACCACAGGACGUGGCCAGUGAGGACGUGGAGACGGUGGGCCCCACCAGGAGUAGAUUCAAGUCCAGGGCAACCCUGGACGAGCUGCUGGACAUGCUGAAGCUGCUGGAGGAGGACCCCGAGCCCCUGCCUCAUCCCAGCGCCUAUCACAAGGACAGAUACGCUUGGAUCGAUGAGGACAGUGCCAGCUCCCUGACAGCUGACAACCUGGAGAGAUUUGGGAAACUCAGUGCACCCCACAGCCCCCCCGAGGACGGGACGCUGCUGUCAGAGGCCAAGCUGCAGAGCGUCAUGAGCUUCCUGGACGAGAUGGAGAAGUCGGGGCAGGGCCGGCCGUCGCCACAGCCGGAGGGGCUGGUGCCGGACGUGGGGCGUGGGCACCCAGAGCUGGCCCCGGAGGGGAGCGUGUCCGUGAUGCGGCUGAAGCUGGAGGUGGAGGAGCAGAAGCAGGCCGUGGUGCUGCUGCAGAGGGCGCUGGCGCAGCAGCGAGACCUCACGGUCCGGCGGGUCAGAGAGACAGAAAAGGAGCUGAGGCGGCAGCUGCGGCAACAGAAGGAGCACUAUGAGGCCACCAUCCAGCGGCACCUGACCUUCAUUGACCAGCUGAUCGAAGACAAGAAGGUCCUGAGUGGCAAGUGUGAAGCCAUGGUGGCCGAGCUGAAGCGGGGGGACCAGCAGAGCCGGGAGCGCGUGGCCCAGAUGCAGGAGCAGCACCAGCUGGAGAUCAAGAAACUCAAAGAACUGAUGAGUGCAACAGAGAAAGUCCGCAGGGAGAAGUGGAUCAGCGAGAAAACCAAGAAGAUCAAGGAGAUCACCGUCCGAGGCCUGGAGCCUGAGAUCCAGAAGCUCAUCGCCAAACACAAGCAGGAGGUGCGGAGGCUCAGGGGCCUGCACGAGGCGGAACUGCUGCAGCGGGAGGAGCAGGCCGCGCAGCGCUGCCUGCGCCAGGCCGAGGACCUGCGGGAGCAGCUGGAGCGCGAGAAGGAGGCGCUGGGCCAGCGGGAGCGCGAGCGAGCCCAGCGGCGGCUGGAGCAGCACCUGGAGCAGGAGCAGCGAGCCCUGGAGCGGCAGCGGCAGCGGCUGAGCAGCGAGGCGGCUGAGGAAAGGGAGCGACUGGGCCAGCAGGCAGCCAGGCAGCGGGCGGAGCUGGAAGAGCUGAGGCAGCAGCUGCAGGACAGCAGCGCAGCACUGACCCGAGCCCUGAGGGCUGAGUUCGAGAAGGGCCGCGAGGAGCAGGAGCGUCGGCACCAGGUGGAACUGAAGGCGCUGAAGGAGCAGCUGGAGGUGGAGAAGCAGGCAUGGACGGCCAACUGCGCCAAGAAGGAGGAAGUGUGGCAACUGAACCGGGAACGUGAGCUCAAGGAGGAAAUCCGGAAAGGCCGAGACCAGGAGAUUGAGCUGGUCAUCCACCGACUGGAGGCCGACAUGACCCUGGCCAAAGAAGAGAGCGAGCGGGCAGCUGAGAGCCGCAUCAAGCGCGUGCGGGACCAGUACGAGGCAGAGCUCUCCGAGCUGGAGCAGUCCCGGCGGGAGCUGCAGGCACGGUGCGCGGAGCUGAAGGGGCGCCUCGGGGCGGCCGAGCAGGAGCAGGAGCGCCUGCAGGCCCUGGUGCGGCAGAGGGAGAAGGAGCUGGCCGACCUGCGGGCGGUCAACGCAGAGCUGUCCAGCGAGCGAGGCAGCCUGGCCGAGGUGGUCCACCAGGAGUUCGCGGGCCGGCUGGCGGCCUCUGAGGAGGAGAACCGGCGGGUCAAGGCUGAGCUGGCCGAGCUGCAGGCCCGCCAGCAGCUGGAGCUGGACGAGGUGCACCGGAGGGUGAAGACGGCCCUCGCAAAGGAGGAGGCUGUGAGCAGCCUCCAGAGACAGCGUGAGCGGGGGGCACCCACCUGA